CUGCCCUUCUCUAUUGCUCUUUCUCCUUCACUCUUCCUAUAAAUACCAACAUCUUUCCUCUUGUUUCAUGCACAACAAACACACUCAAAGCCUGUCCAUACAUUCAAGUUUCAACCUAUUGUUAUAUAUAUUAUAAUGGCAAGUUCUAAGGCUUUCGUCGUUGCUUCACUUGUCAUCUCGCUUCUUCUUCUUCUUCAUCAUAUUGUGGAAGCAGACGAAGCACUUGCUUCUCCCGCUCAGGCUCCGCAGAUGGACUGUGGUGGAGCAUGCAGUGCCAGGUGCCGCUUAUCCUCCAGGCCGCGACUCUGCAAGAGAGCUUGUGGAAGUUGUUGUGCUCGUUGCAACUGUGUUCCUCCAGGAACUUCUGGUAACUACGAGGUCUGCCCCUGCUACGCCAACUUGACCACACGUGCCGGCCAACACAAGUGCCCUUGAAUUGAAACUCCCACUUGUUGUAUGCUGUUUCUCCUUAAUUUCUCCUGCAUGCCCCGUAGGCCGUAGACAUUCAUUCAUGUCACUACCAAUGAAUAAAUGAAAGCUCUGUUCAAUUGUAAAAUUCUUUGUUGCAAUUGUUUGGUGAAAAAUAAAAAUAAUAGCUUUGUCUUCUGUGGUUGUGGUAAAGGAUUUCGAGUUGGGUCAUUUCGUGUUCAACCCAGAUAGAAUCUAGUGUUAACGGCAACCGUUGAACUCUAGUAUUUCAAUUAAAUUGAGUUUGCAAGAAAUGUAACAGGGGGAAUAUUUGAAUCAAAUUGAAGUUGAUUUAUUCAA